AUGUUGACUUCUUCUCCAAUCGAGCCAGAUGAAGCUUCAAAAUUUCACACGAUAACCAUCGAUCUAGUGCUCAGCUAUCCGAAAAGUCAGAAGCGAGCUCGAUGGUCUCAAAACGAACUUGCAGUCGUAUUGAAUGAAAUCCCGCAGUACUUCUUGAAAGGAUUCGUUGAGAAAGGCCAGCUCACAACUAGAUACGAAGUUUCUGUCGGUCUUCUGGACAUGAUACUUCAACUAUUAAAAGUGGGACUGACUGGAAAUACUACCUUCCAUAACACUUGUCCAUCUGAAGAUGACAUUGAGUAUACGAUAAAGCCAGUGUAUGAGAUCGUUCGGAUGCCAAUAUCAACAGAGGAUAUCAAAAAAGAUGUUACAGAUGUAUUAAAGAAAUAUAAAUACGAAGCAGCGAAACAUGAAAAAUUCAUGAAGAAAGUUUAUCAGCAUUUACCGGAAAGAAUUAAUAUGAUGUUGAAAUUGAAUAAUCCAAGGAUACGAGAACUAUUCGAAAAUGGAAAGCCGUAUAUCCGGAUCAUUGGACUGGAGAGAAAAGAAAGUGGAAAUGAGGAGAACUUUGUAUUUGUGCAUGAAGUUGUUAUGGCGAUCAACAGACUCAGAGGAAUAGAUAUUGAAAAAGCUCGAACAGAUGUUUUUCCCUAUUUCCCAGUCGAAUACUUGAACUUUGUACUCAGUGAAUACAACUCCACAAUAGAAGACAUUACGCUCGUCAAUGCACCAGUAUCCGCUCGAAAUGAAUACACCAGCUGCAUUUUCAGUGGUCCAACAGGCGAGAACGUUCUUCCAGCCAUCAGCGCCUUCUUCCGAUUCAUCAGUUCAAUGAACAAAGUGAUAGGUGACAAAGAGAAGCUCAUGGAGUUGAUCACGUUUUAUGACUCUGUUCUGAUCACCGAUCAAGUACUUCCGUAUUGCACAAAGUUUUGUUCGGAACUCCAACGAAACCAUUCUACGGAAAAACUCAUGAAGUCUUGUCUUGGGUGGCCGGCGACAGAGAAAAAGAAGGAUUCAUCAGUUCAUUAUGAUGUGCCUCAUGGAGUAACAGACAAAGUCCCAAAAGAAAUCAUACAAUCAUUCCCCUCUGAACAUCAGUACAAUGCUGCUCUAGUCUUGAAGGCUAACCCACGAUUUGCUCUGUUGCUCCACGAACAAGGCUAUUGUAAGAGUUUUUGUUUUGCCUCCCUGAUGAAGAUCAACAAAAUCGGGUUUCCAUGCAAAAGAACUCCAGAAAUAUGGAAGAAUCAGAUAUUGCAUUGUAUAAAAAAUAAUGGGAAGAAAAUUGAGUUUCUUCCGGAAAAGCAGCUUCGUUCAAUGUGCACAAAUCCAGUGACUUUCUGGGAACCAUCUGAGGGGGAUGAAAUUCUUCAACAUCCGUCGGAGACUUAUAAACGUGAAAAGAAGACGGAUAAAAAGCCAAGAGCUAAGCGAGUACCACUACCCAGGCCGGAAUUCUAUCAAAGAGAAGCAAAUGAUGAUACCAAGGAAAUGCCGCCAGCGUAUGAGAAUGAGAAACCAAAAACAGAAAGCACUUCUUGCUCAUCACGACGUACUUUUUCAAUUACGAAAUCUCAUCCUAACGGAACCGAAAAUCUAGAAGAGAAUGAUGAUGAUGAUGAUUCUGAAUCUUCAACAACAGCAAAUUUGAGUAUCAUCGAUCAAAAUGAAGACCACAAUACGCAAUAUGAAAACAUGAUGGCCGCUGUUCAGCGAGAGCAUCUAGAAAAAAUGAAGUCGUUGAAAAAGAAAAUGGACAUCAUGGAGAAGAAAAGUGUUCAAGACCAAACUACUAUUUCUGAGUUGAGAGCUGAAAACAAACAGUUCAAAAAGACUGUGGAGACUAAGGAUGACGAAAAGAAGGAGAUGAAAAUGAAGUUGGGGGGAGAUAUAAAGAGAAUCACGGCUGAGAAAAAUAAGAUGGAAGAUGAAUUUUUGAAAUUGAAGACCGAGAAAGCGAUUUUACAAACGGAUUCGUUGAAAGAUGAAAGGAAGAAAAUUGAACAGAAAAUGGAAAAAGACUACAAAAAAAUGUCAGAUGAGUUCAGCAACGUCAUCAAAACGAAAGACGCUGAAAUGGAAGAACUCCGACAAGAACUAGGAAAUAUGAGAUCUAGGAUGCAAACUUUGAUUGAAGAAAACCAGGAACUCAAGGAUGAAAAUCAGGAACUCAAGAAACGGAACCUAGAAGAAAAAGAGAAUCAGAAUAAUCAUGAGAGUCUGGAUCUCAGGAAUGAUAUCCGACUCCACCAAACUGUUCUUGGACUUCGUAUUCAGAUUAUCGAGAUGGAAUCAAAGGUCAAACUAUAUGAAGCAAAAGAAAAGUUCACCGAUGAUAAAAUCGCUGAUAUGAAACAACAGUUCACUAAAAUGGAAACAGAAAAGAAUGAAGUUGAAGAAAAGUUGAAGGAAAUGGAAGAACUUCGAUCUAAGGCCAACUUUGCGAUGGAAUUGAAGCAGAUUUAUGAAGAUCAUGCCGCUGGAUCAACCAAGAGCUCUGUACAGAGAAUAGAAGAUUUAACUCGAGCUUUGGAAACGGCGAGAAAGGAUGAAAAGAAUUAUAGCUACGCUAAAAAACGGUUCAUGGCGUAUAAAGAAUUGGAACAUGAGAUGAAUGCCGUUCGAGAAGCACAUGAACAUUUGGAUAUAGCUUGUCGUGCCAAGAAGCAAUACCAAAUUGAAAUCGAAAGUUUGAUUGCUCGUAUAAAAGCCGGCAUUCCGCUCUACUUUUUUCAAGAAGGUGUCUCAGUGAAUCCACCAAUGUAUCCACCUCCAUUCACGGUAGAGACUGAAGAGAGAAUGCACCAGAUGGGAUAUGAAUUGGAAAAGAAAAUGGAGGAACAUCAAUGGCUCGGGGAUCGGGCUCCGAAAUACAAGUCAAACUUACCAGGCUGGUUCUGA